AUGAAGAGAGUGCUCAAGCAAUGCCUCAAGUCCACUGCCACUUCCAAGCACUCCAUCGUGGAGAGCUACGCAUCGAGAUUGAGGCAGUGUGGCAUCGGAAGAGACGUGAGAAAGGGGAGGAGGAUUCACCGUGAGCUCCUCGACUCACAAGGCGAUCCAUCCACCACCAACACGUACCUCGCGAACCAUCUCGUCCAAAUGUAUGCCCAGUGUGGGCAUUUGCAGGAAUCCCGGGAAGCUUUUGACGAGAUCCACGCAAAGAACGUCUUCUCGUGGAAUUUGAUGAUCCAUGGCAGAGUGGAAAACGGCGACAUCCGGCAGGCCAGGGCGCUGUUCGAGGCAAUGGAUCGCAGGAACGUCGUGUCGUGGACGACGAUGGUGAGCGCUUAUGCCCGAAAGGAGGGCGAUUCCCGCCUCGCGCAAUUGUUCUUCGAGAGAAUGCCGCAGUGGAGUGUCGUUCCGUGGAACGCCAUGCUCGGAUCGCUCGUCCACGACGGCGAGUUGGGCCUCGCUCGCAGCUUCUUUGAGAUCGCGCCCGAGAGAGACGUAAUCGCCUGGAACACGAUGAUUACGGCCUACUCCCAUGAGCGGGAGCUCCAGUUGUGA